AUGGCCAUUUACAAAAUGCUAAGACGGUCUUUGUCGUCUGAAAAGAGGUCAGCUGAAGUUCCAAAGGGGCAUUUUGCUGUGUAUGUUGGUGAAAGUGAAAAGAAGCGUUUUGUUAUUCCAUUAUUGUAUUUGAACAAUCCUUCUUUUAAAGAAUUGUUGUGUCAAGCUGAAGAAGAAUAUGGAUUCCAUCAUCGGAUGGGUGGACUCACAAUUCCGUGCAGUGAGGAGUUAUUCAUCGACCUCACCUCUCACUUGAGCACAACUACCAGAAAAGUAUUUUAUACAGAAAUGGCCAUCCGUCAAAUGCUAAGACGAUCUUUAUCCAACGAAAGAAGAUCAACUGAAGUUCCAAAAGGGCAAUUGGCCGUUUAUGUUGGGGAGAGUGAUCAAAAGAAGCGUUUCGUAAUCCCAUUAUCAUAUUUGAAUCAUCUUUCGUUUCAAGAAUUGCUAUGCCAAUCCGAAGAAGAAUUCAGAUUCCAUCAUCCGAUGGGUGGCCUCACAAUCCCUUGCAGUGAGGAGUUAUUCAUUGAAAUUACCUCUUACUUGAGCAGAUAGUGCUUGAUAUAUAUAUACAUAUACUAUGUCUUAGAGCAAUAGAAUUUUUGUUAGCUAGUCCGUGGACGAUUUUAUUUUAAUUUGUCGGAUACAAAAUGUAUUCCUGCACAAAUUAUCUUUAAUAUACUCCAAGCCAUUUUGA